AUGAAGCCACUUUUUGUUUUAGUCUCCAUUCUCUGGGCAUGUCAUCUAAUACCAUGUCAAAUCAUCACCACGGUCACACAACUUCCGUCAGGGCCCAUCACCUUCCCAUUCCCAAUCACGACCGACACGCCGACCAUCAUCUUCAUUCCCACGGGAACCAUCACUUUUGUGCUACCAGGGGGUAAGCCGACGUCUCUACCUCCUGGGGCGGGCCCAAGUACGACCGACGGUGACGGCGAUAUGCCCGAGCCUACUCCGGAGUCAAAGCCAGCGACGUACAAUCCAGUCCGAGGAGAAAAAUUCAAGGUUGGCGGUCACAUUCGGAGCAGUGACGGUUUGGAGGCCGAUUUUGAGGCGGAUGCAUCAGACGACAAUGGAGAUGAUGACGGAGGAUGUCGUUCGAGCGGCACAGAUGAUGCAUUUACCGGACUUUGA